CACGCCCAGUCUAAUUUAAGACACGCCUUCUAAACAUGGCCGCUACCAUUUUGUCUUCGAAACUAUUUUCAUAUAACGUGUUAGACAUUAAAGACGACUUGGAUGAGAGGCUUGAAAAGUGUCACAAAGAACUGAGUUCAGUUACAAGCUCCUUAAGAGAGACUGAACUGUAUGAGAAACUAAAUCAAAAAGUCUGCCAGAGUGCUCGUGAUCAUGAAGACACAACCUUAGCAUUGCUUUUUAUGAUACUCACCGACUCAAAUUUGGCACCUAAGUCAUAUUCUACUCUAACGAUGAUAACUAGAGACAGUAUGACCGUUGUCAUACACAUAACAGAAUUACUUAUUCUAGAGAAAUUGCCUAGAUUACUAGAAACGACAAAGUCACAAUUAUUGUGGUUGACAAGGGAGCUAAUUCAAACUGGUGUUAGUGGAGCUGACAGACUCUGCUUUGCAUUUUUAAAACAAAUGCCAGCUGGUAGUGCUGCCAGCUCUGAUGUAUGGCUAGCUGAGAAUUUGCUUCAUUUGUUUAUGGACAACAAUGAUUGGUUGUAUAAUCUAUCUCCAUUAGUCAUGAGUGUUGUGUACACUUAUCUCUCAAUAUUACCGUCUCAUUUAAACGUAAACGAAUUAACAUCUUUAAAAGACCUGGAGAUAUCACUUAUAAUCUCUUUGAUCAGAAACAAGUUUAUAGAUUGCAUUCAGAUUGGUAGAGACCUUUUGAGAUUAUUGCAGAAUGUGACAUGUAUUCCUGAAUUUACACAACUUUGGAAUGAGAUUAUUAAUCAACCUACAGCAUUAGACCCAACAUUCACAGGUGUGGGGCAAAUAUUCUCCAAAAGAACUUCUAGAAGGUUCGUUGCUGGUAGAAUAGUAACAGAUUCUGAGAUUAAAAUGAAUUUUUUAUUGUCUAAAGUUAAGUUUGGACAGCAUAAGCGCUAUCAGGAAUGGUUUUCAAGGAAGUACUUGUCGUCCCCCGAGAGUCUUUCAGUUAUUCCGGAGCUCAUUAGGUUUGUAUGCUGCGUCAUACAUCCACCUAAUGAAGUACUGGGAUCGGAUAUACUGCCAAGAUGGGCUUUCAUUGGCUGGCUGUUGUCAUUAACACAAUCCAAUCCUGUUUUAUCAUCUAAUUCAAAGCUAUCACUGUUCUAUGAUUGGUUGUGUUACUCUCCUGAUACUGAUAAUAUCAUGAACAUUGAACCAGCUGUUCUGCUAAUGUAUCACUCGCUUCAUUCACAUACUCAAAUUACUUCUUCUUUAUUAGAUUUUUUAUGCAGAUUAUCAAAUUCAUUUAGUCCUCAAUACAAUGCUAGUCACGGAAUACAAAAUGCAUUUAAAGACAUUGCAAAGAAAGGAGUCAUCCAAUCUUUAGAUGCUUUAUUGUCAAGUCCUAAACUCGACAAAGAUUUGAUCAAAUUAUUAAAAGCAACAUUUCCAGAUCUUUAUAAUCAUGGUAGCUCUAAUGUUAAGGAGAGAAGUGAAGAGGAAGAUGAAAGAAGAGAAGAAGAAACAGAGAGGGAAAGAGGAAAAGGUGAUGAUGAAGAUCAAGAUCUACAGUUAGUGAUAGCAGCUGAUGAAGAGACCAAUGAUCAAAUUGAUACUGAAGAUGAUUGCUGGUCAAUUGUUUCAAGGCUUCCAGUCAUACUUAUAGAGAAAAUGGAAGAGUUUCGUGCAAAGAGUGAUUCAGUUCCAUUGCUUCAAGAGAUACUGACAUUAUUAGGGACUACUUGUAAUGAAAGUAUAGGAGACAUUACUGGCCCUCUCACUCACUGCAUGGCUGAAGAAUUGGAGCAACCUUUUACUGAAGGCAGUACAGUACAUACUUUAUGUAGCAAUAAUAAUGUUGAAUUAAUUUCUCUAAUGAUGAAAGGCGAUCACGGAAAAUUAGGUUAUCAUCUAGUUGUACAUCUCUACCAUAAUAAUAGCAUUAGUCAAUAUUCAUCAUACUGCUCUGAUAUUAAUCUUCAUUUAUUACAAGAUCUUAAAGUUUUAGCCGAAAACGAUAGCGAAUUGUUUUUUGAAAUGCUACCAAGUCUUUAUGGAGAGUUUAAUGAGGUAUUAAUUGGUUCUAGUGAGAUGAUUAAUAUCAUAGUAUCACACACUGAUCCGUAUCAACUAAACAAGCUAAUCUUUCAACUUUCCCUAAAUAAGUUAACAAUAUUCGGUAAACAGAAGAUAAUAGAUUUAAUGAGCUCUACACUACAGUGGGAUUCAUUUGAGCAGUUUUGUGUCUGGCAGUUAUUAAAUGCCGAAGGUAUUGAGACCCAUGUCAUAGUCUCAUUCCUUCGCUUGAUAACGAGUCCCUCCGAUCACCCUGAAGCUGUUUCUGGCUCACUGUUGUACUUAAAACAAGAACCUAGUAUACCCAGUGCUGUAGGCAAUUUAUUGUCAUUGCCCUUAGCAACGCAUGGCGACAUUGUAACAGCUGUACUCAGUCACUGGAUCAACAGCAAACCCAAUAAAAUAGCGAAAUUUACUGAUUAUUGUUUCAAUAAAGUAUUAAAGUUAAGUGAUCCUUUGCCAACGAUAACAUUAAUGUUACAUCAUUUGGAAAACGUUCUGCAACAUGUUAGCACAGUGCAAGACAUUUUUAAAGGCUCUGACUCCAUCCUCUCUCAUUCGCUUGAUAAAUUAUUCAAUAAACAUCAAAUAUUAAAGCAAAGACAUCCAAGCAUUGUGUCAGCCAUCAAAGAAACACUUUCAUCACACAAAAAGAAUGAGAAACGAAGAUCAUCAACUGACAGUGAGGACAUCAUAAGAAUAAAAAAGAGAAGAAUAAUAACACUGGAUGAACUAAGUGAUUGAUUAAUAAUAUUCUAUUAAUUUAAAUUGUGACAGACAGUCUAAAACCCA